AUGUUGGUGGAAAGUUCUUUCAGCUCUUCCGUUGAAUCUAGUCUACUGAACGUAUCAGAGUAUCAGGACCCAUUUGCUGCAUAUGAUUGGGCAUCGCUUGCUGAAACUUAUCAGAUGAUCCACAAAUUUCCCGAACAGUCUCAAGUAACCAUUCGUGAAGCUGUUCCGGUCCCUGAUGCAAUGAAUCUUGAUGAGCCAAAACUUCAAGUAAGUUGUCCAGAACAAUCUGUUAUACCGAAAGUAUCGGAAAAGGCCCUGACUUCUCUUGUCUAUAGUCGAAGGAAGAGAAGCAUGAAACCUGGGGGUAUUGUGGAACAUAACCCAGAGGAAAACAAGAAACAGGAUGAUUCACUUGAUGACUCUAUUGUCCCAGUACAUAACCCUGGAGAAAGCACAAAAAGGAAAAAUCGCUUUGACAACUGUCUCGUCUAUGGCCGAAAGAAAAUGGGAGGGAAAUCUAGUUGUAGUUUUACCGGAGAAACUACAAUAAAGGGUGAUGGGCCUCAUGGUGCUUCUGUCUCUGAGCAUGACUGUGAAAAAACCAAGAGAAGAGAUCAUCGAUUGGAUAACUGUCUUGUGUAUAGGAGAAAGAAAGGUAGAGUAGAAUCUAGUAGUUGCAGAAUUAGCGAACAUGCCUCUGGAGGAACCAAGAUAAACGGUGAUCAAGCUGGCUCCUCUGCAUAUAGCCAAAGGGGGCUGAUAGUCAAAUCUGAUGGUGCUUUUACAGGACUUAACCCUGGGGAAAUCAAGAAAAGUAGUGAUCAGCUUGUUUACAGCAGAAGCAAGCAAUUGGUGAAAUCUAAUGGCAGUUUUACUGAAAGUCAUAUUGGGGAAAUCAAGAGAGAUGGUGACAGAUCUGAUGUCUUGCUUACGUAUAGCCGGAGGAAGAAGAGAGGGAAACCUGUUGGUGCUCGGGUUAAUGGCUUUCUAGUGUAUACCCGGAGGAAGCUCAAAGGGAAAUCCAGAGUGCGCAGUUCUUCUGGUGGAACAAAUGACAACUGUUCAUCAUUGAAAUCCAGUUCUGAACUUGCUUCAGGUUCCAGUAAAACUGGGGAAGAUGAAGCUACAGAUCGCGAUUCCUCUGGUUCUGAGGUGACUGAGACAGAUACAGACGGUAGUAGUAGCCCUUUCAGAAAAUGCAAACAUUGUGAUAAGCCAGGAACUGUCGAGAAGAUGCUAAUUUGUGAUCAAUGUGAAGAAGCAUAUCAUACAAGCUGCUGUGGUGUUCGAAUGAAAGAUGUUGAAGAGAUUGAUGACUGGCUCUGUCCAUCCUGUUUGAAAAAGAAGUCAUCAAAGAGCAGAAUUAAGCGGAGAAAUUCAGGGGAACGGAAAUGGAGAGUUACAAAACCAUUUGUAAUCGGAAUUCGAGUAGGAAAAAAGUUCCAAGCGGAUGUUCCAGACUGGUCAGGUCCAACCAUGAGUGAUACUUCUUUUGUUGGUGAACCCUUGGAAAUUGAUGAGUCAGAAUAUAUGCAUGAUCUCAAGAAGGCCAAGAACGGUAAGAAACCACGUUCUGCAGUCAAUUGGCUCCAAUGCAGAGAGGAGGACAGUAAUGGAGAUAUUUGCGGAAAGUGGAGAAGGGCUCCUCGUUCAGAGGUACAGACCAAAGACUGGGAAUGCUUCUGCUGCGUCUUUUGGGAUCCAUGGCAUGCUGAUUGUGCUGUACCUCAGGAACUGGAAACAAGUGAGAUCCUGAAACAACUCAAGUACAUCAAGAUGCUAAGACCUCGUCCAGACGUCAAAAGACGAAAGCUAGGACCAAAGAGUCGCAGCAGGUCUCAUAACAAAGGAAAGUCAUCAUAG